UUGUAGAAUUAUACAAUGAUAGUAUACGUCAGGGAGCUCUGGUAUACGUAUCAGAAUAUAUCGUGUGGACUUUGUUAAGUGAUUCAUAUUAUGAAGAUAUCUUUUUAAAAAAGUAUUUGAUUAACAAUAAUGUUUUAACAGAAGUUGGAUAAUAAUAAAUAUAAUAAUGUUGCGCCAUUUUUUUAAAUAUACAUAAAUGUAUGCUUAUUGAGAUUUGUUUAUUCGCUGAUUGUUGCCGACUUCUGAUUUUCCACAAUGCCGGUGGAUAUAAAUCGAUUAACUGAUGGUUGGCUAGAAUUGGAGUCUGACCCAGGAUUAUUUACCCUGCUUUUGGAAGAUUUCGGAGUAAAAAAUGUACAAGUAGAAGAGGUUUAUGAUCUACAUAAACCAAUUGAUGGCCCGGUGUACGGAUUUAUUUUUUUAUUUCGAUGGAUAGAAGAAAGACGAGCUAGAAGAAAAAUAGUUGAAGCCACUGCUGAAAUUUUUGUAAAGGAUGAAGAAGAAGUCUCAAGUAUUUUUUUUGCACAACAAGUGGUUCCAAACAGUUGUGCGACGCAUGCCUUAUUAUCUGUCCUUUUAAAUAGUAAUGACGCCGACUUAAAUCUUGGAACAACAUUAAGUCGUUUGAAAGCUCAUACGAAAGGAAUGUGCCCGGAAAACAAAGGAUGGGCUAUUGGCAAUACACCUGAAUUAGCUUGUGCUCAUAAUUCGCAUGCAAUGCCUCAAGCAAAACGCAGGUUGGACAGAAGUUCUGUUUCUGGAGUAUCUACCGGACGUUUUACAGGAGAAGCAUUUCACUUCGUUAGUUAUGUUCCAAUUAGUGGUCACCUAUUUGAAUUAGAUGGAUUAAAACCUUAUCCUAUUGAUCAUGGACCUUGGAAAGAUCACGAAGACUGGACAGAUAAAUUUCGUUGUAUUAUGGCUGAUCGAUUAGGAAUUGCGACAGGAGAACAAGAUAUACGAUUCAAUUUGAUGGCUGUGGUACCUGACCGACGAAUUGCUAUUACACAUAAGUUAAAAAUGUUGCGAACAAAUCAAGCUAUUGUUUCCGGAACGUUACAAAAGCUUUUAAAAACUAGCGAUCCUGGAUGUAUAAAUACACUACAACUUGAUAUGGAAACCACUGGAACGACUGAAUAUAAAAUAAGUUCACCACCAUCUCCUGUGUUAGAGACGAAUGCAUUUACGAUAAGAGAUUUACAAUCUUUAUUAAAAAAUUUGGAUGCAGAGAUUUCUAUUAGCGAACAACAGCUGAAUGAUGAAAACGAUAAGAGAUAUAUGUUUAAGUACGUGGAAGGUGACAUAUACGGAUGCAGUGGCAUAAGUGCAGCAGCAAGCAAAAGAGUGACAAUGAAAUUAACCUUAAAUAUUCAGCGCAACACCGCAACACAAGAGCGCCAACAACAAGUUUGCAACAAAGAGCUUGCGGUUAGUACAACAAAACAGUUGCGCCGAAAUAGCGCAACAGAGGCAGUUAAGAGCAGUAAAAAUUUAAAAUUUCGUUUUCUUACGGUGGAGCGUCACCAACAAGUUUGCAACAAAGAGGUUGCGGUUAGUACAACAAAACGUGUUGCGCCGCAAUAGCGCAACAGAGCAAGUUGAAGGCAGUGAAGAGUGCAGGUGCGACGGCGGCACAAGUGCACAGACAGCGUGCGUUGAGCGUCAUCAACAAGUUGCCACGAACUGGUUGCGGUUGGUACAACAAAACGGUUGCGCCGCAAUAGCGCAGCAGUGUAAGUUGACGGCAGUGAAGAGUGAGCGUCAUCAACAAGUUGCAAAGAACUGGUUGCGGUUGGUACAAGGAAACAGUUGCGCGGCAAUAUAGCAACAGAGUCGAUUAGAAGCAUUUGGAGCUGGUUCGAGUGGCUGAGGCAAUUCCAGGAACAGCGAAUUGACAGGUCAAAAUUUUUAUUAACCGUAUCUUUUAAGGUUACAUAUAAUAUAUUAAUACUAACACAAGUUUAAAUUGUAACUUUUUCAGAAAUAUUCAUAGUUUUAAGUAAUAAACGAAAUUGUAAAAAGCACUCAAAGGCUCAGACAAUAUUGAACAUGACGGUGACAGUGUUAAAAGAGAAGUAGGGCUACCAAUAAAUGGACGCAAGAAAGACUUAUGAGACAGACUUCUGACACACUACGGUCUUCUUAACGAUUACCAUGAAAGCGACAGCGAGGUCGAAACAGUGGUGCCACGUGUCGGGUAGAGGUCCGGUUACAUCCACGGUCUCUCAUAUCACCUUUAGAGAAAUUGAGGAAAGCUUGGCGUUAUUUAACGGUACAGACGGACAGGAGGUAAGGCAAUGGGCAGAAUCUUUUGAAGAAAAUGCACAUAUAGUGAGUGGGCUGGCCGGAAAUUCAUAAAUUUAUUUAUGCAAAACAGCUUCUCAGAGCAGAUAGGGCAUUCAUUCAAAGCAAAACCGGUAUUCGUGAUUGGGCAGUUUUAAAACAUGCUUUAAUUUAUGAAUUCGAAAUAUCAUUAUCACACCUGAGGCACAUAGGCUUUUAGAAAAUCGUCAAAAGAAACAAAGCGAAACAUUUUCAUGUUUCAAAUGUGGCGAAAUUUCACACAUUGCAAGGAAUUGCACAAAUCAACAAAUUAAAUGUUAUAAGUGCAACAAGAUAGGGCAGAAGCGCUACGAAUGUCCAACGGUUAAAAUCAAAAGUGAAAAAGAUUAUUGAACACAAUAACUGAAGUAAAGGUCAAACCUUCAGUUGCAGAUUUUGGACUAAAAUUUAAAAGGGUAAAGGUAGGGAACACAAUUUUUCUUGCUUUAAUAGAUACGGACAGUCGGUUGUGUUUGAUCAGGGCAGGCACAGUCGAUAAGCUGAAUUUUGUUGUUAAACCAAACAAAGAUAAGCGAGUGCUGGGUGGAAUCGGAAAUACGGAAGUGGUCACGUUGGGCAGUUUCGAAACUAAAGCAAAAGUAGAUGAUAUUAAGAUAAAUAUCACAUUUCAUAUUGUAAACAAUAGAGAUCUUCAAUAUCCGCCAAUAAUUGGAGAUACAGUUUUGGGUCAAGUCGAUUUGAUAGUUAGUGAAGAGAACGAUAAAUUUCAAACGGAGCAUAAACCAAAUAGCUUUGAUGACAAAAUCACAGAAGAGGAAGAAAUAUUAGCUUUUAGUAUGAUUUGUAUAGAAGAACAGGCGCCGAAGCCAAUGAAUGAUUUGUCACAUCUGGAUAAGGGAAAAAUGUUAGAAGUGGAAAAGCUGAUUGCUCAAUAUGAGCCAAAAGGAAUAAAUUUCCCCAGUGGAAAUGAAAAUGAAAAUUAUUUUAAAAGACGAUGUACCGGUACAUCAGCCAACCAGGCGCGUAUCAUUCCAAGAUCAAAUAAUCAUAGAUGCUCAAGUAAGGCAAUGGUUAGAUGAAGAUAUUAUUACCCCAAGUGUAUUCGAUAACGCGUCGCCGAUUGUGCUUGUGUUUAAAAAGGAUAAAACCAAGCGAUUAUGUUGCGAUUAUCGCAAAUUAAAUGAGAAAAUUGUGUGCGAUAAUUUUCAAAUUAUAUUGAUUGACGAGGUAUUUGCGAAACUCAAGUGAUAUAAAGUUUUUUCCACAUUAGAUCUGGCUAACGAAUUUUUGCAUGUUCCUGUCGAAGAAAACUAUAAAAAAUAUACAUCGUUUGUUACAAUGAAUGGUCAAUUUGAAGUUAAAUUUCUAAUUUACCAGAUUUAUCCAUUCGAUUUUUAAGGAACAAAAAGCUAAGGGAAGAGUAGUCACUUAUAUUGAUGACUUAAUUAUUCCAUCUAUAGACGAGGAGGAGGGGUUAAUAAAACUAAAAGAAGUUCUUACAGAAGCAGAAAACAGAAGAAGAAAAACACCAAUUUUUUGGGUACAUAAUCGAAAAUAGCACAAUUCGUCCGUCGGCCGAGAAAACCAGAGCAGUUAAAGCUUUUAAGCCACCCAGAUACAAAAAGGCCAUACAACAAUUAUUAGGGUUAACAUCCUCCUUUCGAAGAUUCAUUCGAAACUAUGCGCUAGUGGCCAAGCUAUUAUCAGAUCUUCUGCGAAAAUAUCGAAAUUUUAAGGGGAAGGAAGAACAGGCAAUUGCUUUCGAGCAACUAAAAACUUUGCUAUCACAAUUACUUUAGAAUAUUGUUUUAGAAUUGUAUAACCCGAACGCAAUAACGGAAGUUCAUACAGAUGCAUCAAUGAAUGGGUAUGGGGCGGUAAAGUUACAAAAGAGAGCAGAGGAUGAAGUUACGACCCAAAUUCUUGGGACCAUACAAGGUUUUAACAAGAAAAAACGUUAACUUCGGUUGCGCCGAAGCUAUAAUACCCUUCACAAAUACAAAGGCCCCUUACAAGAACUUGAUUCCGAACGUUCAAUUUGUAUGGCAGCUAUAUGAUAUAGUGAUCUGAUCUGACCAAUUUCUGUAGAGAAUAAUUUGUUGCCUUAAGCAAUAACUCGUGCCUAAUUUCGUGAAGAUACCUCGUCAAAUAAAAAAAUUUUCCGUGCAAGCACUUUACUCCGAUCGUUCAGUUAAUAUGGCAGCUAUAUGCUAUAGUCAUCCGAUCUAUACAAUUUCUUCGGAGAUUAGAUUAAUUCUUUAAAUAAUAAUACAUGCCAAAUUUCGUGAAGAUACCUCGUCAAAUGAAAGAGUUUUCUAUACAAGCACUUCAAUUGUUCAGUUUGUACGGCAGCUAUAUGCUAUAGUGGUCCGAUAUCGGCCGUUCUGACAAAUAAGCAGCUUCUUUGUUGGAAAAAAACAGGUGCAAAAUUUCAGAUCGAUAGCAUAAAAACUGAGGGACUAGUUUGUAUAUAUACAGACAGACGGACAUGGUUAAAUCAACUCAGCUCAUCAUGCUGAUCAUUUAUGUAUAUAUUUUAUAGGGUCUCCGACGUUUCCUUCUGGGUGUUACAAACUUCGUGGCAAACUUAAUAUACCCUGUUCAGGGUAUAAAAAGAUUAAAACACGGUCGAUAUGAAGUAGAAAGAGUGGGAAAUAAUGAGGGACCUAAGGUAACAUCGACCGCUGCGGACUAUAUGAAAAGGUGGUAACAUUAUUCGAGGCGAAUAAGUAGUUAGGAAUGGCGGAGUUAUGGGACGAAAAAAAUACGACAAUGUGGACGAUGGAAUGCGACCGUGCGGACUGGACAUCUUUGACAUACGACAACACUGACUGGACGAAAGGCACGCCACGGACUGGACGAAUAGAACGCGACGCUAACGGACGAAAAACCGAGAACAUCAAAUCAAAAACGGACUUUGAACAGUCCAGAACCUAAAAAAUACAGUGGUACAACCAAGUGUAAAUUUAAUAAAACUGAACAGUAGAAGUGUAAUAUAGUAAGAAAACUAAAGUGUAAUUGAAACAAUUAAAUAAACAUUAAUAAAUACAAAUAUCUUUUA